AUGGCAAAACCUCGUGUGGUUUAUUGGUUCCGAACAGAUUUGCGACUUCACGAUUCACCUGCUCUCAAAGCGGCCCUCGACCUUGAUCCAGCUGUUCUUUGGCCCAUCUUUACGUGGGAUCCGCAUUACGUAUACCGAGCAAGAGGAGGCCUCAAUAGAUGGCAGUUUCUCCUGGAUUGCCAGAAUGACCUCUCCCAGUCUAUUUCACAGGUGAACCCUAAGUCAAAACUCUUUGUUCUCAGAGAAGCACCACAGACUCUGUUUCCAAAGCUCUUCAAGGCAUGGAAGGUCACCCACUUGGUUUUCGAAAAAGACACAGACAGUUAUGGUCGCGAGAGAGAUAGCGUUGUCGUUCAGGCGGCUAAAGAUGCCGGUGUCGAAGUCCUUGUCCGUUCAGGCAGGACGUUAUGGGAUAGUGACCAGAUAGUCGAGAAGCAUGGCGGAAAGCCAACAAUGUCUAUCACGCAGCUUCAAACCGCCGGGAGCAAGCUUGGUGAGAUCCGGAAACCCAUUCCUGCUCCCAAACAUCUUCCAGAUCCAGGAGACAUGCCUGUCAACUUUGAGCAGGACGAACCGAAUACCAAACCAGAUUUCAAUGCAGGGUUUCGGACCGAAGGAGAUAAAUCUUAUACCAGGAUAGCAGGGCCAAACGAUGACUUUGCCAUUGAAACAAUGGAGGAACUGGGCUUCCCACCAGCGACCACACCCCAUCGUGGAGGAGAAACACUGGCAUUGAAAGAACUAAACAAGUUGAUUGCAGAUGAGAAAUACACUGCAACUUUUCAGAAACCCAAAACGAAUCCAGCUCAAUUCGAGCCACAAGCUACCACUCUCCUCUCGCCAUAUUUGCACUUCGGGGCGCUUUCUGUGCGUUUGUUCUAUUGGCGAGUAAGGGAAAUCGUCGAUUCGUAUGGAAAGGGUGCUUCAACCCCCCCAGAAAGCCUUCUUGGCCAACUACUCUUCAGAGACAUGUACUUCGCUGCUCAAGCUGCUUUGGGUUAUGUCUUCUCGCAGACGGCGAACAAUCCGUAUUGUCGUUUCAUUCCCUGGCACUUGCCCUCUAAGAGAGAUUCAGAAACGGGACUUAUUACUGGAGAGUAUCACAUUGACUCCGAGGAGGCAGAUAUCUGGUUCAGAAGAUGGAGAGUUGGAAUGACCGGGUUCCCCUGGAUAGAUGCUUUAAUGAGACAGCUAAAAGACGAAGGCUGGAUCCAUCACCUGGGACGGCAUGCGGUUGCCUGCUUUCUGACAAGGGGCGGUUGCUAUAUUGACUGGGAGCGAGGUUGCGAGGUCUUCGAGGAAUGGCUCAUAGACCAUGAGCCGGCUUGCAAUGCUGGCAACUGGCAGUGGUUGUCUUGCACGGCCUUCUUUUCACAGUACUUCCGCUGCUAUAGCCCGAUAGCCUUUGGCCAGAAGUGGGACAAGGAAGGAAUUUUCAUCCGUCGUUAUGUGCCAGAGCUCAAAAACAUGGACUCCAAGUACAUCUAUGAACCGUGGAAAGCCCCCCUCCCGGAUCAGAAGAAGGCAGGUGUCCGCAUAAAGGGCGAUGGAUUGAACAGUAUUGAGGAGGGAACAUAUCCAAAACCAAUGUUUGACUUUGCAAAAAGACGUGAUGUGUGCAUCUCUGCUAUGAAGACUGCAUAUCAGGUUGGCCUUCAUGGGAAUGAUGGCCAGGCGCUUGAUGGAACCUGGCGCAAACUGUUUCCUACCGACCGUGGGGAGAUUCAAGGCGAUAUUGAGAGUGAUGGUGACGAGCACGCUGGUUAUGGAGACGAUGAAGGGGGUCGUGAAGAUAAUGAGGCGAAGGAGAAAGGCGAAGGAAUAAAGUCUAUCGAAAAUGGGGAUCGAGCAAUGAGUAAACGGAGCAGUAGACGGCACAGCAGCGAGAAUACCACAAAAAGGCAGAAGACAUGA